GGAGUUCUCAAUGCCUGCUGGCAAUAAAGAGGCCCAAGCCUCUGCAACAGACUGACUGGUUGAUGAUAUGCACACUUUCCUGUGACCCAUUGAAGCUGUUCACCAUGAGGGAUAUUCUGCAUGUUUUUCCCUCCCUUACUCGCCCAGCACAUCAGCUGUGCGACAUCCCACAACCCUUAAAACGGGCGAUCAGGCCCAUGUGCAUGGCAGCCAGCCAGCCCGCACCGCCACAUGAGGGGUUACUUUACUACGUCCUCGUAGUAUUGGCAUUUGCGCCAGAGAAAAGGGGGUGCAAGCUCUUGCUUGAUACAGAGUACUGUACUUCGGGAGCUGGAACUGAAUCGUCCCUAUCAACUGGCAGCUAUGCUACGACCAGGGAUAGAAAACACCCUUUAAUAUUGGCGUGUAAUUGAAAUUGUACUUAAGGUACCUGGCAGCCGGGGCUGCUGUCGCAUACCAAAUCACUAGACUACUACUACUA